ACUACAAAUGUGCCCCAAGCUAUCAAUAUCACAUAACGGUACAACACAAUUCCGAAUGUCCUAAUCAUAUUGCAUCAUUUUGUGGACGGAAUUGGCAGUACAAUUCAAUUAAGAGCAGACCAGCUAUUGCUAGAGGCUUUUAUUUUGACAACGGGACUAUUACCCCGGAAAACACUGAAUGUAGCACGAAUCGUCGGUAGUAAGGUCCAAGCAGUAAACUUUGACACUCUUUUAAGAAAUUCUUCCACAGUCCAAGCUCAUAUUCAGUAUUGCAUGAACGGCAGGGUGAUGUUAAAGGUGUAUUCAGGUGCCUUAGGACCAACCCUGUUUCUUGCCAAAGGAACAUGUCUCAAAGUAGCCUUGCUGGAAAGGUAGCCAUAGUUACUGCCUCCACAGAUGGAAUUGGCCUAGCUGCAGCUCAGGCUCUGGGUAAGAGAGGAGCCCAUGUGGUGGUGAGCAGCCGGAGACAGGCCAACGUGGACAAAGCCGUGGCCCUGCUGCAGAGCCAGAGCAUCACAGUGACCGGGACCACCUGCAACGUCGGCAAGGAAGAAGACAGAGAAAAACUGGUUCAAUUAACUCUGGAUCAGUGCGGUGGCAUUGAUAUCCUGGUGUCCAACGCAGCAGUCAACCCUUUCUUUGGAAACAUCAUGGACUCCACUGAGGACGUCUGGGACAAGAUCCUGUCUGUAAAUGUCACAUCAGCCUUCCUCAUGACUAAGUUGGUGGUGCCUCAUAUGACAAAGAGGGGAGGAGGAAAUGUAGUAUUUGUGUCAUCUGUGGCUGGAUACCAACCAAUGCAGGCUCUGGGCCCCUACAGUGUGAGUAAGACGGCUCUGCUGGGUCUGACCCGGGCCCUGGCCCCUGAGCUGGCUCAAAGUAACAUAAGAGUCAACUGCGUGGCCCCUGGAGUCAUCAAAACGAAAUUCAGCAGCGCGUUAACGGGGAACGAAGACAUCAUGGACGAGUUCAAAAAGCAGCUGAGCAUUAAAAGAGUGGGAGAGCCAGAGGAGAUCGGUGGAGUGAUUGCCUUCUUGUGCUCGGAGGACGCGUCCUACAUCACCGGAGAGACCAUCACUGUGACCGGGGGGAUAGGCUGUCGACUCUGAAGCUCUAGGGCCAAUACAAGUGUGUGUGUAUGUUUUGAUUACAUUUUGACUUGAAGUGCGGACGCAGCCAGAAUAAAGCUUCAUAUACUAUUCAAGCAAGA